CUUGUUUUCUUGUUUUCUGGAAGAGAAGUACAAAGAUGGGCAAACCGAUGACUCUCUUGGCGAUUUUAAUCUGCACCAACCUAGCUCUCGUUUCCUCUUGCCCGGACAUAUGCCGCUGCAAUUUAACAUCGAUGGACUGCGCUAAAACAUCCCUGCAAGUGUUGCCUUCGAGGAUUCCUAUCAAUAUAAAAAAAAUCCACAUGGAAAACAACCUGCUGGAUAAUGUCGACGGCCACCUGAAAAUCCAUGAAAAGUUACUCUAUCUUAACCUCAGCCAAAAUCGUUUUUCCCAUUUUCCAAAAGGUCUGCCUGGGAGCCUUAAAGUCAUUGACAUGUCCAACAAUCAAAUAUCGCAGAUCGAUUCAACCGCUGGUGCUGCUGACUUGAGAUCAAUUGAAGAGCUUUAUCUCGAUAACAACUUGCUCACCAAGAUUCCGAGUGGGUUCUUCAACAGGCUUUCGAAGCUGCGCUUGAUAACUCUGCAUGGAAACCCAUGGGCAUGCGAUUGUUCGCUUCGGUAUCUCCAGAACUGGCUCGGGAGCAAUCCCGGUGUUGUGCUCGAUGCGCCGGUGUGCAUUGAGCCACCGGAUUUCAGUGGAGUUAAACUUCUCUCCAUCCCUGCCCGGCGGCUGUGCUCGCCUAUGGCACAGAACGCCAAGCUGCCCGAUAACUCUGGGCCAAUGAUGCGGUCCUACCGUUCCAUGUACGACAAUAGAUUGACUGCGAACGGGACGAAUUCUACUGCCUCGCCCACAUCUCCUCCUUCGACCACUGUUGUGCCAACAACGAACCAACAAGCGGGUCCGCUGACGGCUGGCGAAAUCGCAGCCAUUGUCUUGGGUAUCUUGGGACUCUUGUCGAUUGCUGUAAUUGCUGUACUUUUUCUGGCUGCAAGAAAUGGAAUUGAAUUUUGACAGUGAUAAGUUUGUCAUGAGAUAAUGCCACAUUGCGUAUUAGUGUUCAGUACAAUGUGGUGGGAUGCAUUAUACAUAUAGAUUAAUAUUAUGUAGGUUUUGCAGUUGUGCUGGAAUGUUCCCCUAAUGUUUCUUUUUGGUUAUGCCACGUUCUUGUUUGGCACGAUGUUUUUGGUGAACCAGUAUCCGCUGAAUCUCCCAGCACACAGAGCAAUUUUAUCACACAUUGUGCCAAACAAAACGUAAUACGGAUAACCUGAAAACACAUUGGAGAGGCAUGUCACUUCACAAUAGGCUUGCAACUUUGUCAAAAACGCAAAUAUAUAACAAUUGUGUUCUUCAUAUAUCCAGUAUUAACACAGAUUUUAAAGAGAGGGUACUGCAUGACGUUGUUUGGCAAAAUUCCAUGAUUGAGCGCUGGGCAUAUGGAAGGAAAGCAGAGAUAUAUGGUUAAAGAUUAAAUCCAUACGAGAAGGUAACACUCAAAGCUUUGGAAAGCUAGAUUCAAGAAUCCAUUGCUGUACACUGACAUCCUCUGGACACCUUGUAGUCCAAACCUACAGCACCUGAUAUUUCCAGGCAGUAAAGUCCUAAACCAGGCAAAAUACCUGCUUAGCUUUUUUUAAUUAUAUAGGGAAAUCAUAGGCAAGGGUGAGAGCGUCAAACAGGAAUAGACGGGCUGUAUCUAUCUUGUUUAAAUGCCUCGGCUUCACACAACUGUUGGCCAUUGAAUGUCUUAAGUGCGUUAAUUACGUGGUUUACAAUGUUUAAAGAUUCAGUAUGUGGUCCGUUCACCGUUAUAGUUUUUUAAAUAUUUGACGCUCACUCCAUGUUAAAGGUCUAUAGCCAGGGGUCCCCAACCCCCGGGCCGCGGACCGGUCCGUGGCCUGUUAGGAACCGGGCCGCACAGCAGC